AUGCUUCUAUCCGUGUAUCCACCAAGGGUAGGUUUACUAGAUCUUAGGUAUAAAUAGGCUGGCACAUUAACGAUAAGCAUUCAAUUCAUUCGUUGCUUUUGCACAGCAAGGAAAGAAGCAAUACUCUACCUGCAUCAACAUGUUUAGGUUCUUGGUAAUCUGCGGUUGCUUGCUGGCAGUCGGGCAGGCUGGAGUAAUCGGUGGUGGUUUGCUCGCAACCGCGCCUACAGCGCUUGCUGUGCAGCCAGCAGCAGCGGCGGCAGCCCUUCCUUUGAACGCAGCCGCGGUCGCGGUACCAACGAUUACAACAUCCACCUCUAACGUGAUAAGGGGUAUCGGUAACUUAGGUGCCAUAUCGUCCUACUCGAAGAGUGUAGAUACGCCAUUCAGUAGCGUCAGGAAAGCGGACGUGCGCGUUAACAAUCCUGGAAUCGUGACGGCGACCGCUGUGCCCGCCCCAGUAGUCGCGGUCGCUAAUAGCGCUGUUGCAGCUCCUGUGGCUACUGCUGCCCUUGCUGCACCUGCCCUACUCGCCCCUGGACUGGCCACCGCGAUCGCCCCGACCAUCGCCACCGGCAUUGCCGGUCCUUUGGGACUCAAUGGAUUGGCUUUGAACGGCUUGGGAGCUGUCAAGGUUCUCUAAGGUCCAUAUGCGAACAAAAUUACGUGGACUGUCGUGAAAGAUUCGACGAAAAUUCGAUUCUUUACCGAUGUCGACUGCACCUUCUUAACGUUCUUACCCUCGAUAAAUUUGCACCGUUUCGGCGCAAACGAUCUACAUGUCACAGAAUGUAAUAACGGAGCAUCGAAUAAACGUAAAAUCGUUACGAUAAACAAA